CUGUCAAUGUUCGGUAAUUUGUUUUGUUGCAUGCUUGGACUGAAAAUAGCCUAAUAAAGUUAUAAAUUGUAUUUUUGUAAUAUAACAAUGAAAGACGUGAUUGAUGUAAUGGCUUUACAAAGUAAUCGAAGAGAGCGGAGAUUACCUGACUAUAGAAAUGCUCCUAGUCAUAGUCUAGCAACAAAUUUUAUAUUUGAAUGUGGUAUAAAACUUGGGUUACAGCCGGCAACCGUUGCUACGGCCGCAAUAUUCUAUCACAAAUUUUUUAAAGAAGCUGAUAAAAAUGAUUAUGACUGUUACGUGAUAUGCACAGCUUGCCUUUGUGCUGCUGGAAAAUCUCGGGAUGAGCCAGUUAGGCUUAGAGACGCUGUGAACGUAGCUCACAAUUCCAUUAAUCGUGGAGCUGGACCAUUAGAGUUGGGAGAAGAAUACUGGUCAUGGCGGGGUGCAGUAGCCCAAGCUGAGCUACUAGUUUUACGUUUAUUGGGCUUUAACUUGGACGCGCCAUCGUCGCACAGAUAUUUGCUACAUUACCUCCGCUCACUACAAGAGUGGUUCCCACCCGCUCAGUGGCGGUCAGCACCCAUAGCUCGUACGGCUAUGGCCUUCCUGCAAGACUUUCAUCAUUCUCCAGCAAUAUUGGAGUACCGAGCUCCACAUGUUGCCGUUGCAUGCUUGACGCUAGCUCUUCAUGUACUAGGAGUUUCAGUUCCACUUGCAUCUACAUUAGAUGAUGAUGCCGCUUGGUACUCAGUAUUUACCAAAGACUUGCAAAAAGAAAAGAAUUGGGAAAUAAUGGAGAAAAUAAUGCAGGUCUAUAGCAGGGAACCAGAAUCUAUAUGAAAAAAAAAAAUAUGACAUUUUGAAACAGAAAAUAAAUAAAUAAAUAGACAAAA